AUGUCGCCACAGACUUCAGGUGCAGCCAAUCCUCGGCAAAAAGGUCCUGGCAGCCGUCGAUACACCGACGAUGCAACUAUUCUACUUGUCGGCUUCAUCGGGGCAGGUAAAAAGACGUUGGGGGUCAUUGCAUCGGCUGCCCUUCAUCGCCGCUUCAUUGAGUUCGAGGCAUGUUUCCAGUCCAAGCUCGGGUCGUCCCCUCAAGAAUUCGCCGCAGCCCAUGGAUUUGUACGAUACCGAGAAGUUGAGAUUGAUAUGUGUCAAGAGAUCCUCAGCAAACAUCAAACAGGCUGCGUCAUAGCUGGUCUCGGCCUCACAGCCAGUUUCCCGUACUCAAGGGUGCUGGCGGACUUUGCGCAGCGGCAUCCCGUCAUCUACGUGCGAAGAAAUAAAGCCGAUAUUCAGCAUUCCAUUGGAGGAGAUCCAGCCAAGUUCGAGCGCAUCUUUGAGGUUGGAAACAAGUUCUUCGAGUCUAUCUCCAACUUCGAUUUCUUCAAUCUUACUCAGGAAGUGCCACGCCAAGCUGAAAGUAUGGCUCACACAUCACUCAAAGUUAAGGAGAUCGAGCGUGUAUUCGUGAAGUUCUUACGCCGCAUAUUUGGAAAGACACAGCAGCUGCUUUUCUCGGCUGAUGCUCUCUCCGAAACUCACACAUAUGCCCUGUAUCUUGCUCUAGAUGAUUUCGAGACAGGUGGCCUCGAUCUCGAUGGACUGGAUGCCGGAGCAGAUGCAAUCAAUGUCUCGUUAAACUAUGAAGACUACUCUCAUGGAUCUGUUAUGAAUAGGCUUUCGCGCCAUAUGACAACUCUUCGAAAGCACACUCGUGUUCCGAUCAUCAUUGACGCAACGAUGGAUUCACAGAGAGCCGCCACAGCCUAUUUCAAAUUCCUGGAAAACAUGUUGCGUGUAGCGCCCGAUGCUUUCACUGUUUCGAUAGAGAGAUCAGAUAUCAGAAAGGAGAUCUAUGCCAUCAAAGGCCAUCCUAAAAUGAUUGUCUUCUACAACCACAACGGGCCAUUGGGUUCCGAAACACAUCAGGCAUUGAUAACCUCCAUCCGUUCUUCCUUCGAGGAUUGGAGCUUUGAUGCCCUUCGCUUAUCAGGCCAAAGCUCUGUGGCAGCAGAUACACUAUCAUGCGUUUCGUUCCGUCAAAAGCUAAGGGAUGCCUUGGGUGUCCCUGUCAUUGCAUAUAACGAGGGUCCUGGGGGUCGAGCCUCGAAGAUCUUGAAUCCAACUCUGACCCCAUUGACUCUCCAACCCAACCCGAACACUGAGCUUUCUAUUCGAGAAGCGCAACAGGCACUCGUCUCGUUAUCACUGCUUCCCAAGAAGGAUUUCAUGAUCAUUGGACAAGAUGUCCGGGUCAGUCUGUCACCAAAGAUGCACAUAGCGGCUUACAGCUCAGUCGGUCUUCCUCACACUUAUACAUUCCGUGAGAUUCAAACAUGCUCUGAGAUGGAAGAAAUACUCCAAUAUCCAUCAUCCGGCAGCCCUCUAGACGGCAUCACUAUUUCUCUGCCUUUCAAGACAAAUGUCAUACAGCUAAUUGACGAAAUCAGCCCGGACGCUAAAGACAUCAAUGCUGUAAAUACAGUCAUACUGGAUCAUCACAUUGAGCCAGACGGCGCAAGGCGCCCUCUUUACCGCGGUCACAACACGGACUACAUCGGCAUCCGGGAUUGUAUCCACGCCCACCUCUCACCCGCAAACGCCAUCCGAGAUGGCAGUACAGCUCUCAUUAUAGGAGCUGGUGGUAUGGCUCGUGCAGCUAUAUAUGCUUGCUAUCAAUUAGGGGUUCGCCGCAUCUUCGUUUACAACCGAACACUUUCAAACGCGCAAAGCCUGAUCAAAUACUACCGUGAAUGGGCGAUAUCCAGGGGAGAUGACAGCUUCCAUCUCGAUAGUAUCGAGUCAAUAAACGAUCCAUGGCCCUCGAGCUUUCGCUUGCCAACAAUUAUGGUGUCAUGUAUCCCGGGGAGACAUCCUGAUACCCACACGCCUGUCGACUUUCGGAUCUCCGAUCGAUGGCUUGAGAGCCGAACUGGAGGGGUCUAUGUUCAGGUUUGUCAUCUCAUCUGCCUUCAAUGUGUAAUGUACUUAAAGCUAAUCGGAGAUCAGGUGGGAUAUGGUAAGUUCAAAACUAGGUUGAUGGAACAGUUGGACCAAUGGUCAAGUAAAGGUUGGGUUAUCGUGGAUGGACUGAAAGUCCUGAUUGAACAGGGUAUUGCGCAAUACGAGCUGUUCACCCGUCGGCCGGCUCCCAUUCAUAUCAUGCGACGGGCAGUCCAAGAAGAGGCGGUUAAGAAUGGUUAUUUCCACAUGUGGUGA